AGGAUUUGUCGUUAUCCUAAUUGGGUUUGUAAAUUGGGGAUGUCGCAAUCAGAGAUGGAUUGAAGAAAGCCAUUCACAGGCGAAUCGCGCCGGGCCCGGAGAAACAGCCUCUUCUUCUUCUCUUCUUCAAUCUCUCUCUCUCUCUCUCUGAAUCUGCCGUUACGCUGAAGCUUCCGAUUUCAAAGACACUACUCUCUCUCUCUCUCUACAUACGUGCAUUGUUGUUGUUGUUUGUAUAAACUAAGUCUUCAGGAAGCUCUUCGUCUUUCCCCCUUUUGAAGAAGCACCGCUUCUAAUUUCCACCGUCGGUUCACCACUCUCUCUCUCUCUCCGAUGGGUGAUUUCUUCGAUGAGGGGAAGCAGCAAUUCGUUACUGUCGCUGAUGGGAAUGCACCACCACCUGUCAAGUAUCCAAGCUUCAAGCCACCUAAGUCGAGUUUCACCGAUGGUGGCAAACAUAGCGCCAUUGAUGUUUUCCCGCUUCUUGUCAAGGAGGCUGCUUUCCCUUUGAAAGAAGACUGUAGCAUCGAUUCUUCAUUGGUCCAAGACGUCUGUACUAUAUCUGUCUUACCUGAUGAAGGAAGUACAAUCCCGCAAUGUACCUCACAGUUUACUCUCUUGAGCUUUGUCAAGGCUCUGCUUCCAUCUAAAAAUCAGAUGUUGAUCGAUGCGCAGCUCAACUGUCAGAAAACGCAGAACCGCAUCAAUGUGCUACUGGGAGGCACAGAUUCCUACCAAUCAUGCGUUGUGGAUAUAAACGUCGAGAAAGGAAAUGGUGGUGAGACUGUUACAUCCCAUGACGAAGUUGUUGGAAGCGUAAAAUCUGAGAGUGUACAUAUGCAAAAGGUAUUACAGAGACAAGCAAGCUUGAGCACUGAUAAAACAAUCUCCGAGCGAUGCCAUGAUGCACCAACGAACAGGUGGAGAAGAUACAAGCGUGCAGCGUCAUUUGAUUCAAGAAAAAUCGUCAUUUUAUUCUCCAUCUUAUCAAGUGUGGGAACAUUGAUAUUGAUCUACUUGACGUUGAGAGUGAAGCAAAACGGAGACAACAACAGCUUCAGUCACAUGUAAACUGUAACAUCUCUUUUGGCCUUUUUUUCCACUCCUUGGUCGUCUCUGUUUUGAAUCUCUCUUUCCCAAACUCGUCUUUUGUUCCAAGUUUCAUAAUGUCGAUAAUAACAUUUCCUCUGUGCAUAACACUUGCAAAUGCUUAAGGCCUGAUUAACGUGUGAACUCAACAAGAGGUUAAAAAGGUAAAGCAAGAGAAGAAUCAACAA